CGGCUCGACGCGCUAAACUCUGAUUCUUCUGGGACGCACGAACGAGUGAAGGAUUACCUGUGUUUUCACCUCCACAUGGAAAGUUACUCUUUUUAUGUUUAGGAUAAACUCACGUUGAGACAGGUUGUCUGAGCUGCCAGAGUACUCCAGAGCACGAUGAGUUGGGGGGCUCUCUACGCCCAGCUGGGCGGCGUCAACAAACACUCCACCAGUCUUGGGAAGAUUUGGCUUUCCGUCCUCUUCAUCUUUCGCAUCACCAUCCUGGUUCUGGCUGCAGAGAGCGUCUGGGGUGACGAGCAGUCGGACUUCACCUGCAACACGCAGCAGCCUGGAUGCAAAAAUGUCUGCUAUGACCACUUCUUCCCCGUGUCGCACAUCCGCCUGUGGUGUCUGCAGCUCAUCUUUGUAUCAACGCCAGCCCUGCUGGUAGCCAUGCACGUCGCCUACAGAAAACGCGGGGAUAAGAGGACCAUGCUGGCCUCCAACGGCACCGAAAAGAUGACAGAUACUGACCUGGAGACACUGAAGAAGAGGCGUCUGCCCAUCACAGGUCCGCUGUGGUGGACCUACACCUGCAGCUUGUUCUUCCGGCUCAUCUUUGAAGGCGGUUUCAUGUAUGCGCUGUACUUUGUCUACGACGGCUUCCAGAUGCCCCGUCUAGUGAAGUGUGAGCAGUGGCCCUGCCCCAACAAGGUGGACUGCUUCAUCUCCAGGCCGACAGAGAAGACCAUCUUCACCAUCUUCAUGGUUUCCUCGUCGGCCAUCUGCAUGGUGCUGAACGUGGCCGAGCUGGGAUACCUCAUCUGCAAGGCGCUCAUGAGGUGCUCGGCCAGGUCGAACAAGAGGAAACAUGCCUACACAGAAAGCGUGACGAGGGAUAACAAGAAGAACGAGAUGCUGCUGUCGUCCUGCACAGAUUCAUCCAGCAACAAGACGAUGUGCUGAGGAACACUGACUGGAACCAAAGGAGGAGGAGGAGAGAGGCACAAACUGUAAAUCCAACCAGACAGUUUGUGUUCAGAGUUUUUGGGAACUUGAAAAAUAAAAAUUGGCUCAGCUAGACAGCACUGUCUCUAGUUGGGGUGGCCCAACUAUAUGCAUUAUUACUUAAAGGAAGGUGAUGCAUCCAUAAAUUUGCCACUAAAGGCAGUCCAGUGUCACAAUUGUAUGGUUUUCAAUCUGGUUGAGUUCCCAUCAGUGAGUUUUACUUUGAAACACCAGAUAGCAGAGAAAAAAAAUAUCACAAGUGUUACCUUACUGUUCACUCACUGGAUGGUUGAUAGUAUUUAAUUGAGGUUUUAAUUUAUUGUUCACAAGUUGCUUGAAGGUAACCGGUCAGGUUUCAGAGAAGAAUAAAUCUACACUGACAUCUAGUGGUGGCAGUGGAACCACCUGCAAGCACAACUUAGUGUUAAAGGAGAGGAAGGAGAACAAAAGAAGUCAUCAAGAGUGAAGGAGAGAGAAGUGCCUCUCUGAUUCUGUUAGUGUUGAGUUUACAAGAGCUGACAUUUGAUCUUAAAUGUGGUUGAUCUUAAAUUCAAUAACUGAUAAAAAGCAGAUGAGUUUUAUAGUUGUGGUGCAUUGAAUUGAAUACGUUUUUAAUUUGUGUAUGUUCAGAAUAAAUGAAAAGGAAUGUUGCAGAGAAUAAGAUUCUGCUGAUGAAUAGUGUAUAUUAUAAUAUAAAGUCUUACACACCACAGCACAGUGGCUUCAUCGAUUUGGUGCUGUUUGAUCACAUCAGAAUGCCUGUAGCCAUUUAACUGAAGUCUUCACAAACAUUUGAUAAACAUGCCAAGAAUGUGUUGCAUAUUUUUCACACACCUUUUGAUUGAAAUAUGAAAAAUGUAUAUGUUUGUACUGUUGUAUUGUACCGAGAUGUUUCUAUUCUUCUGCCAGCAAGAGCUAGAAACCUCCUCAACAGAUCUUACUGCCCACGUGUGAAUUACUUGCUGUGAAAUUCAAUUCAGAGGGGAUCAAGUCUGAAGAAAGAGACAAACCAGCAAACCAUUACACAGGAAUACGUGUGUCCGAUUUGUGAAAAUCUUUCGGGCUUGUAGGGAUUUAUAGAUAAAAGUCAAUUGAUAUCUUCAUAGUUUCUACAGUUUGUAACAUUUGUUUUUGCUUCGAGAGUUUAUUUUAGUUUGAGAACUUCCAAAUGUGCUCUUACUGGCAAAUUACUAAACCCAAUAUUCAUGUAUUGUCUUCAUAGAUGGAUUCAGAUGAGUGUGGCUAAUGUUUUUUUUUUUUAUCCUGUUUUUGAAAACCAGAAGUUUUCCUGUUCAGUCCAGACCUGCUCCUGUGUUUUUUGAACUUGUCUUGUUGUUCUCGAGGUGUGUACUGACCCCAGCUGGCUGUAUCAGCUUUCAGCAUGUGCCUUAUUUUAGCCUCAGCGCUAAUCGCCGCUCGCCCUCCUAAUGUGAGGAACCACUGCCUGAUCCCGAAGCGAAAAUGUCUUUGUCCUCCCGCCAUCCAGGAAUAGCCGAGUUGGAUUAGUUGCAUCUGAUCCAAGCAAAACUCACCUUGUGCGAACAGAGAAUAGUGAUAUGCUGGUUAGAAAAAAAACUGCUAAGUUGGACAAUCAAUUAGAUGUGCCAAUUGCAAAAUUCUAAAAAAGAAGAGCCAGGUGAGUUGUAUAUUGAUAACUGAUGCAGCUGAUUGCAUGGAGCUUUUCAGUAGGUGACCAAAGACAAAAAAAAAAAAACAAGCACAGAGAAAACACUCUGAAAGCCUCUAUUUGAUUUCUAAAAAGGUGUUUUCUAUGUCAGCUAUGCAUUGGCCUUUGACCUUUUGCUUUCCUUAGCAGCCAAAUGGCAUUUUGAUGUUCGUGAUAGCAACAGUUGAUGCUGUUUUUAAGGGGUGGUCCUGAUCAUUCCAGUUUAAAGAUGCUGUAGCUUUUUAACAUUUUCUACUCCAAAUUGUUUUUUUUCCACAAUCUAACUUUAAUAGACAGCAAACAACAUACUAACGAACAAACAGCUGAAUAAAUGAAAUGUGUGUGAUUGUGUUUUGUAUCUAAGAUGUUUUUAUUACAUUCGCACUUUGAUCCUUUAACUUGUUUUGAGAAAUUUUUCAUAAAUCAGUAAAAGUAAAA